AGACUGGGGAUGUAACGACAGACGGGCCGGGAUCGCCUCGCCAACGGUAAAGUUCAGGUACAGUGUGUAGCCAAUAAAGAACGGACGCCUCGGGUUCCAUUCUGAGAUGGCCGCUCUCAGUUCCAGGAAUCUGCUCAGCACACAUUCAAGGCACAACGACAGCGUUUGUCACCUGUGGGGACAAGGCUGUAAGGAAGAAAGAACAAGGGAAGGGGAAACAUAAAGAAACAUCUUAAGAGGGGAAAGGAAAAGUACAGCAGCAAGGAACUGUGCAGGAGAGCAGCAGGAGGGCGGGCUGUGGCUGCAUCUGCCGGCUGCCUGCCACGUGGCUGCAGGAAAGUCGUGGCCUUUCUCCACCUCGCUUUUCCAGUCUGUGGAAUUAUUUAGAUAACAGUAUUUGCAAACUAAAGAACAAAAGUACUAUAUAUAAAACAAGCCUACUUAAGCCCAAGUGGCUUCUGUUUGCUGUAUUUAGAAAAGGGCCCAGUUCUCUCUGUGUCUUUCAUAAACAAAACACAGCCAAUCAUCUCCAGCCAAAAUUAAAGACUUGUUUUCUCUGACAACAGCUCUGACAUGUCUAAAGCCCCACAGCGACCCUAAGGUGUAAAGUAACCUGUCAGUCCUUGUAGUGUUACACCACUGAAGGGCACAGCAAAGGAGAUAACAGCCUUCAGAUACUACAGAGAGCCCAGAAUUGCCCCAUAGCAACAAGCAGGUGGUGAGCGAGCCUGAGUAGCUGGGACUGCUGCCACAUCUGUUAGAAAAUGACCUCAUGGGCUGACAUCACCUGAGAUUUCCAGGCCAGCCUUGGUCCCUUUGAGAUCUGGGGACAGCUUUGCAUGGCCUGCCAGCACCCUGGGAUUGCUGACAUGGGUGGACACAGCAAGCAGAAGUAAACCCACCUCUCCUGACCACCCUCCCCCCGUGCUGCACCGAGCCCAGGAGCUGCCGCACCUUUGCCAGCUCGCUCAGCUCCACAUAUAGCCCUACAGAGGUGGCAAUGUCCAGCUGUGCACAUCUGUGCCUUGGCACAGGGAGGACACGCACAGCCUCCUCUUCCUAAGACAGGCUGGGAAUUCCUUGGAACUGCUGGGGCACCGAUCCAGCCAAGACCAGCACCGUUUGCACUGACACAGCCUCCAAAAAGCUGCAAAUACACCUUGCUUUGCUGGAGUGACAGGCUGGGGAAGGGAGCAGGAAAUAAGGGGAAUGCCCGAAGGCAGACAGAAGUGAGUACGUGCUUAAUCAGCUUAGACUAAAUAAAUCAAUAGGCUCUAAAACAAAGGGGUCCCCAUGCAGAAGACAAACCUGCUGGAAGGACUGAAUGUGUAACCAGCACACGAGCAGCUCUCUGUAAGGUAUAAUGUGAACCAACCUGAAGCAGCCCCAGACGGAUGCACCAUCUGCUCACAGCGCCUCACAAGGACGCCGUGCUCGGUGCUAUCAAAACCAGCAGACACUCCAAGGAGCACUAAUGCAGAGCACAGCCCCGGGGCGGCCGGCAGGCAGAGCUCAGCAGCCCUUCUAAAGGGCCGCGACAGAACGGUGCCUUCUGCUUGAUCCAGCCUGGAAUUCACCAACGACACCGUAUACACAGAGGUGUGAGUGCUGCAGGAACGCAACGGCUCCCGGCGGAUGGAAGGAAUGGCAGGAUGGACGCUAGACAGCAGCUGACACAUUGUUCAACAGAUGAGAUGGCUGCCUGGAGACAGAAGAGCAGACGUCCAAAUUUAGUGCCCUAAACAGAACAACCCAGUGGCACAGAAGCUCUGAUGCAGUUCCACAGAUAUCACCGGUCCGUUCACAGCCAAAGCAUCACUGAGGCAGAUCAUAGCAGUGCGUUCACAUCGCGCUUCUGAAGCUCACCUGCUUGGCGUGGUCUCCCAUCACAUGCGGCCAACGCGAGGCUUUCAGCCCCCACCCAUCCUGGCUGCAGCCCAACCCGAGUGCCCGGGAAGGGGCAGCACCCUCUGCUUUGCUUUUCCUCUCGUCAGAUGCUGCCGCGAUGGACGCGGUGCUGAGAGCCUGUGGGCAGGCACUGCAGUGCUGCCCGCUCCUGGAGUCACACUGCAAACCUCGCUUCCUUCCUUAAUGGUUUUGAAAGGGGUUAAGCCUUUACGGGGCAGACGAGAGCGUCCUGCAUUGCGUAGCAGGAGGGCUCUAUCAGCACCGGCGGUGCUAAUAGCCAAAGUGGCCCUCGGGUCCCUGGCUGGAUGCGUUUCUUCUAGCUUACAAGACGACUCAGUGUAAGUAAAACAAACAAACAAACGCUGGGACGAUAACCAAAGGCUUCAUUAGAGCUUCUGGCAGAUGCCGUGCAAAGCCCCCCGCUGAGAUACAGCCCAUCCUGGCAAAGGCAGCUGUCUGCCUGCCCAGACAAACCGCAUCCCAGGGCAGCCGAUGGGCAGCCGGGCAGCCCUACACGGCGCCCUGCAGGGAGAGCUGCCGCUUCUUUCUACCCCGAGAAGACGAGCGGCCGCACCGUGAGCGCUCAGCUAUCCCCGAGCAGCGCAGCGCUGCAGUGGACUGCGCCUCUUCCGGCAACGUGGGAUUUAAGGGAGAAACGCAAACGUUUCACGGGUCCCGAUGGAACAGCCGGGGCGGCACCGCCGUCUGCAGCACGGCCGGGGGACGCUGCGGGCUCCGCUGGGAGAGCGCACAGCGCCUUCACGCCCGGCUCGUUCUGCUGAUCGCAUUCGGUGCCGCAAACAAGGCAGGCCUUGUGAAGCGUGGGCAUUUGUUGUGUUGGAGGUGUUUUAUAAAGGCUUGAUCCCGGCUACGUUAACAUUGAGUAACUCGGCAGAGAGUCUAUAAAGACUGCGUUUCAAGGCGUACCGAGAAUGGAAGGCAGUUAAUGCAAUUAUGCUGACGAUAAAACGCUGAACUUAAUUAAGUCUGCAGCAGCGAUAAUAUACUUGUAAUGAUUAAGCUCAAGAUCCGCAGAUAAGAGGAUGGAGGCAAACCUGUCGGUUCCCCAGGCUUCCUUUACCUCCUCUGCUGAAGAAGCAGUCCCACUGCAGCCCCAUCCCUUCCCAAGCCCACUGCUGCUCCCCAGCCAUGCUCAGCCUGUCCAGCUGCAUUUAAUGGAGGACCAAGGACAAAAGAUGAAGCCCAUAUUCACAGAAUUUGCAUCUGGGCUGAGGUGGGAGAUCCCCCAGCAGAGGUUCCCCUUUUGCUGGGCUGCAGAGGAAAAAAUGCACAGAUGUGAAGGGGAGAGGAUCCAGCAGAUGAUAAAAGCCACAGGGAACUCAGCUCCAUUGCCCCCAGGACAGCCUGCCAGGCACACAGGAGGAGGAGACCUUCUCCUGGAGGCACACAGUGCAGCGCAGAAGACAUUAAAGACAGCCCCAUGUCCUCUCUUUCACUGUAUACUCUACUGCACAAGAACUGCAGAGGCAGCUCAUUACUGCAUACACAAAACAAGAAGUCUUCUGCUUCCACAGCAAACUCCCCACUGCUCCUGCUGCAGAACUGUGGAGCUCCAGGUGAAUUACAGCCACCUUGAGCUGCUACAACUGCUCCCUCCCCUCAUACCCACCUCCUGCUCAGGGGGAAAAAUGACUUCUUUCUACACCUGCCCCUCUAUUUCUCCUCACUCGCCAAACGACUUUCCUCAUCCUGAGAUCACAAAACCCUAACAAGACGGAGCAGACAGCCUGCACCCAGACCUGGGCUGCAACAUCAAACCCAUCAUGGCAGACCACAGCACCACAGGAGAAGAGAGCCUCCAACGUUUUGUAGUGAAGAGUAAUGCAGUCAGUGAGAACGGCCCAUCAGCUACCAACAAAGCCACUCCAACACCAAACAGGCAGCCCAGGGUGCCAUCCCUGCUGUGCCAGGACAGCAAUCUGCUGCGAUAGCCAGCACGGGCUUCUCCUGCCCUCCAACUGCACACCACAUUGCAGCCCCUUGAGGGAGACACAGGCAGUGGCUCGCUGUGGAAAAGGAACAGCAGACUUCUCUUUAGACCAGAACGUUUCAAGUUCACUUCCUCCUUCAAACAAAAUCCGUGCAGAUAAUGUUAUGGAUACAACAAAGAGACAGACGUCACUCAAGUAAAUGAGCCAUGCCCCCUCCCCACUCAGGCCCGAAUACAAACAUCAUAAAGCUUUUUCCUAGGAAACACAGAAUGCACAAUAGCAGGUCUUGGUUUCCAGGACCUGACCCCCUGCUAACUGCUAACAGCUCACAUUCCCCUUCCUUCUCAAGUUCCUUCAAGAGCUCAACUCCCCUUUACAAAGCCCCAAGAAGCAAAUAAGUAGGUAGAAGCAGAACAGCCACAACAAUAGAGGAGCUAUCCCCGAAAACAUGACUGGCUGUGGGGAGGUGUGGGGAUACAGCAGGCUCCAGCACCCACAGCACCUGCUGAGCACAACCCAUGUGACAGCCAAAGGGAACUCAUCACAGCACCUUAUUCAUCCCCCCAGGAUUGCAUUUAUCACCAGAGAAGUCUCACUUAAUGACACCAAACACAUUUAGCACUGUAGUGAACGCUAAGGGGUACAAAGGUAACAAGCUGGUAGAAGAAAAGCACCUGAAAAGCGUGACCAGAACUUCUACACCUCCAUCUGACCUGCUCCAGGGGGUGCAGAGCUGUGCAGGAGAGGGAGGGCAGCAAUGCCAGGCAGUGCAGGAAGCAGCCUCAGCCCUACCUGCCCCAUCUGUGCUGAACUGCAGCCACCGACAAGCAGGGACUCGUGCUUCUGCCUGCGCUUUCCAUGACGAAAAUCCUUCCAGGAUCUGCUUACAGUGACACCCAGGGCUGAGCCUGAGGGCUGCCCGCACACAGCUUCACCUACUUCAGGGCAUGCACCAAAGCCACCUGCUCUACCCUCCAGCUGAGCUCUGCAAGUAAUCAGUCUCGUUUCUCCUUCAGGGCUUGUCUCUAAUUAGGGGUGGGCUCCUCAUCAGCUCUAAUUGGAGACCAGGCAGUUGCAGGUUUGGUGUUGGCCAACUGCUUGAGCUUCUAUCUAGCAGGUGAGUGGCACGUUCCCAGGAACACAGCUCCCCCACCUCCUAUAAGCCAGCAGCACUCACAGCUUACGUUGAGCAAUGCCAGCUUCUGUGUUUUGUCCUGCAUGUGCUCCCUGUGACACAAGUAAGCAGAGGAAGCUACCAGCCACAACCCAGCAAUUCCUGCUUCCCAACAUCUUUCCCUCAGCCAGGCAUGUUCUGUGCUGUGUUGCAUGCAUGUUACUGUGGGCAUGUCCUCUGCUGCCCAUGGGUACUCCCCAGGAAACACAUCAGUAUAAACCAGUACUAAUAAAAACCCAAGCCACAGGAAUGGGUGCCAGGACCCCCAAGGAAAGGGUAUUGGUCUCUAUGAAUAAAAUAUUUCCACUCUCGAUUCAGAAAAGCCCAACGUUCAUUAAAAGUGACCAUAAAAUCCACGCUGCCAUUGCAGAACAGAUGCGUAAUUUGCAAUGGGGAUGCAAAUCUGCAGCAGAGCGUGAAAGCAGAUAUUUCCUAGAGCGCGUCACAAAGCACACGGGAGCAAAGUUCCAGCCUAUUAUGUACGUGUUAAUGUGACCAAACGACAACCCGUGUCCUGUCAGCAAACGUGGAGUGUCGCUGCCACAGGUGCAGACUGGGAGUCAUCCCGAGUCACCCCUCAGAGGGGCACACAACUAAGGAAGCCUGCAGCCCAGCGAGGGCUGAGUUCUACGGCCUCAGCAGCUGGGAAGUAAAUGAACAGCAGUGCCUGAAAGUCAUAUAGGAACUAAUGGAAAUAUGACAGGUUGGCACCAGUGAUGUAAACAUCACUGUUGCGAAGAGAUGGUAAAUGGGAUGGUGAAGUGAAGCCCGUCAUUAGGAUAGCUUCCCAAAGAGGAACAAAAUACAGGAGGCGUCCCAGGAAAUGCCACAGAACCGCUCCCUGCAACGCUGCCUAAAAAGCCUCAGCACUCAGUUUGUUCUCACUGCCCUGGAGCAGCUUCCACAAACACAGUGUGACCGAGCGACCGUCCCCAGCCGCACCACAUGGGGCUCUGCCGCGGUCACUGCUAACAGAGCAGAUGUGGUGCUGAGGGCUGAAGCGCUCUGCUGUGACAUCUGGGCAAACUCUCUACUGAAGCCCAGCAGGUUGAGGGCCGAGGAUGUCCAGGCAAUUAAAGCGUCUGCUAACGUAAAGGAGACAAAGACAACACUGCUGCUUGGUGUGUCAGGGCCAUACCCGAGUGAUGCAGACUCAGACAACGGCUGCUCCUUCUCGUGCCCCAGCACAGCCCAGCGCUGUGCCCAGCAGCACCCAGCCAGCACUCACCCUGGGACACACUGCCCUCCCCGCUGCAGCCACAGGCAACAGAAACGGGCAGGAAAAGGCCUUACGGUUUUGAAAGUGGCAACAGAAACUCAGCGCUGGAAGGCACAGACGUGGGUUGCAGCAACAGGCAGGCUGGAGUCUGAGAGCCGAUUUUCCUCUGAGGGUUAAACACCUGCUUUGAGCGGCAGAGAAAUCAAUGGCACUAGAGGGAUCCAUCUAAUGGGCAAUGCUGCAAACCCCUCUGUACAGCUGUCCUCGUUCCCUGCAUUUAUUGCCUGCAGCCCGCAGCUCCUCCAGCACGCUCCUUGGUUCUGGGAGAUGGACUAAUUUUCAUCCCAAAGCGGGCAGGAGGCUCCUUAAGAGGACACAUUCAGUUUGUGAAGGGGCUCUGGGGAGAGCAGGAGGGAGAAAGCAGCUCUUUGCUCGCCGUGCCGCAUAAAUGAGUUGGUGAUUUUAAAGAUAAACUGGAUGGCAGCAAACUGGUGCCAAAGGACGAUCCACCCGUUAACCGAACACCCAGCACCGCUUACACCCACCGCCAUUCACGUGCACCAUUCAUAUUUAUGAGGAUGGCCUGUCUCUUUGACAAGAACUUUUGCCUCCAACGACGACAGAUGUUGCACCGCUUAUGCAGGAGCUACUCGAGCAUUCCCAAAGGAUGCCGUCCAUGCUCAUCACGUCCGUAUCCCAGCUCUGAUUACACUGCUCACGGAGGCUGGAUGACCUACUGGGAGCUCAGAUCGUGUCAUUCUUGAGCCCAAGAGCACGGAUGGCCUCACGCGUGGCUGCAGACACAGCUGAGCUAUGAGUGCUACGACAUGAGGGAGCUGCCGUCCCUGCAGGACUCAGCGUUAGCAGAAGUUAAACUCCCACCCUCCAUGCGGGAGGAUCGCACACGGCAGCAUGGCCUUAACCUGAGCACAGCCGUAUGGAUAAGCUGAGAGCUUUGCCAAAACAUCCUUCGGGAAGCACAACGCGUGGGCAAGCAGUGAAGCGUCAGACAUUUGUAAGACAUGUGUAAGGGACGUCUGCUUUUACAAGAUCGCAGUUGACAUUUACAUUAAAAUGCAUGAGGUUAUCAUGAAUCGUUUCACCUGAUGCGAUGGAGCUCAUUUAAAGUGGCACCAAACCGUCACAUCAGCCCUGUGGGCCGGAGCAGGGAGCCUGCACUGACCUCUGCCUCCAGAACCACAGCUCUUGUAGUGCCCUGAUAUUUAUUUAUGGUACAUCUUUCACGUACAGCACAAGGGAGCCCAGCAUUUAGCAACCCAUUUGACCUGCAGCUUUCCAGAGAGUACACAGAAAGACACACUCCCACAGCUGGCACCUUGUGCAGCUCACUGCCAUUGGCUCCAGCAGUCAGGACGCAAACGGGAUGCUACAGCCACGGACAGCCCUCUGUGCCCAAGCUCUGCUAGCAGACCACCACCAGUGCACUGCAGAUUAGAUCCUCAAACGAUGAGCGGGGGUGAGAUGCAUCCCCUGGGGUGCCGCCUACAGAGCAACCUGCCAAAAUCCAAGCACCAUUUCCUUAGAACACGAGGGAAAGGACAAGGACCACCAGCAGCAGAACUGCUCUGGCAGUAGGAGCUGACGGCUGGGACACGGCGUGGGGCGGCUCCGAGCCAUCCCGAUGGCUGCGCUGCUGCGGCCAUGAGGAGGCAGCACGGAACGAAUCCAUCCCACGGCACGUACGCACGAACCGUCCGACGGUCUGACAGCGAUAGGAGGAGGGGGGAAGGCUUUAAACUACCAGAGGGGAGAUUUAGGUUAGACGCGAGGAAGAAAUUCUUCGCUUUGAGGGCGGUGAGGCCCUCGCUCUGCCGCCCAGAGAAGCGUGGGUGCCCCAUACGUGGUGUUCAGGGCCGGGUGGAUGGGGCCCCGUGCAGCCCGAGCUGGAGUGGGGCACCCAGCCCACGGCAGAGGCCAGAAGGACGGGCUGUAAGGCGCCUUCCAACCCAACCCGUUCUGUGCCUCGGAUGAGGGCAGCAAUAGGAGCCCCACCUGCAGCGGGGUCAGCCCGCGGGCCCACCGUGCCGCGGCGGGCAGUUACGCCGCACACGUCGGGGAGGCGGCCGGGCGUGCGGGGCCGCUUCCAGCGGGGGAUGCGUCUCGCGUUCCCUCGGGCGGUAAAAAUAUGACACACAUUAGCGAGGAGAAUGAAAAGAGGGAAACAAAGGAGCGGGAGCGAACACCUGUCGCUCUCCUCAGGGACGAGCCCCGACGCUUUCAUUCGGUUCGGUCUGUUGGGGGAACUGCAGCUGCCAACUGUCAUCAGCAUCAAGUUACGGCACAAAGCCGGGGCCUCGGCCGGCGCUGGGGAGCGGCGGGGGGACCACGCGGUCCGGGUACGGCAGCCCCGGCACCGCCAGCGCGGGCUGCGGCCGCCAUCCCGGCACGCGCGGCUCGAGGACGGCUCGCGGGGCGCGGCGGGGUUCGGGGCGGCGGCUGCGCCACGGGGCGGCUUCGGCCGGGCGAAGACAAAAGGCUCGGAGCGCCGAGCGGCCGGCAGCCUCCGGCUGCAGGGACCGCCGCCCGCAGCGGGCGCUCCGCUCUUCCGUUCCCGCACGGGCACGGCCGAGGCGGGGGGGCACCCAGCGCGGGGCGCAGCCGCAGCGCUAGGACGGCGGCCGAGCACCCGUCCCAAAACGGGACGCAAUCGCGUCGGCGCCGCUGCUCACACCCGGCCGGAGCGGCCGCCGGCGGGGCCGGGGCUGCGCAGGGAGGGGCCGGGGGCGCAGCCCGCCGCAGGAGCCCCGGGCACCGACGCACAGCACCGCACAGCGCCGCGCCGCACGGCACACCGCGACGCAGCGCCCACCCGCACGGCCCCGCAGCAGACAAAGCGCGCGGCCGCCAUUGGGCCGUUCGGCCCACGCUCCGGCGCUGCCCGCGCGGCGCGGCCAAUGGGCUGCCGGCGAUGCAAAGCGGCGGCUAUAAGACGGGCGGCGCGGGGCGGGGAGCGGCGCGGGGCCGCGGAGGAGCGCGGCGGGAUGGCGCCGUCCUUCCGGCACGGCAAGGGCCGCGCGCCGCGGGGCGGUUCGGGCGGCGCGGACAGGAGGGCGCGGAAGCCGCUGGUGGAGAAGAAGCGGAGGGCGCGGAUCAACGAGAGCCUGCGGGAGCUGCGGCGGCUGCUGGCCGGCGGCGAGGCGAAGCUGGAGAACGCGGAGGUGCUGGAGCUGACGGUGCGGCGGGUGCAGGCCGUGCUGGAGCGCCGCGCGCUCGAGGGCGGGCGGCUGCACCGCGAGGCCAGCGAGCGCUUCGCCGCCGGCUACAUCCAGUGCAUGCACGAGGUGCACACCUUCGUCUCCGGCUGCCCCGGCAUCGACGCCACCACGGCGGCCGAGCUGCUCAACCACCUGCUGGAGUCCAUGCCGCUCAGCGAGGGCGGCCUGCGGGACUUGAUGGCGGACGUUCUGGCCGAGCCCUGGCCGGGCGGCGACGCCGCGCUCCCGCUGGCUGAGGCGGCCCUGGGCCUGGCGCUGCCCUCGCCGUCGUCCGGUGAGGAGACGUGCUCCGACUCGGACGAGGCGGAGGCCGAGCCGGUACAGACCCCCGCCCACGGACUGGAGGCGGCGCAGACGCGCGCCGUGCCCUCGCCCGGCUCGCCCAAGUCCAUGUGGAGGCCGUGGUAACGCCGCGAGCGGCGGGGCGGUGCCUCGGGAUUGGAACACGGCGCUCCCGGCGCCCCGAUGGGCUCACGGCCGAACGAGACCCGCGUCGGCGCGUGGACGGUGCGCGUGUGGCUUUUUGUAGCUGGGGUUGUUUGUAUGAGAGUGGGGGGACGGGAUGGGGAGGAGGGAGGUUUUUUAGUAGCAAAGCUCUUUGGAUGCGCAGCUGUGGUCUCUUAACCCUGCCUCAUCCUCUCGGCCCCUGUAAGCGGCCCAGAUAACACUCACUACCUUGCUCUCUUAAGAAGAAGCCCUCGUGCGGUUUAGAUCCUGCUGGGUGACUCCAGGAGAAGCUCAGUCUGCGCACAGCGGUUGUGUUCUGGUGACAGCAGGAGCCCUGCUCGGGGCUGACGGAGCAGCUGUGCCUGGCAGCAGCCCAGCCCUUGCCUUCAGGGAAGGAGGAGCAGCAGGAGCUGCUGGAGCACUGCACACACAGCCGGGACUGAUGGUGGGGUGCCUGCAGAAGUGAGCAUCUCGAUUCACGUUUUGCUUUUAGCACACUUGAGUUCAUGGUGACUUUAUGUAUAUUAGGAGGGUAUCAGAUCAAGUGUUGUUUUUUUUUUUUAAUUUUUAAUCUUUAAUAAAAAAAAAGCUGAAUUGACAGUGA